AUGGGCGACGUCGUGACGUCGCUGCUGAGCAGCCUGGGCGUGAACGCGGCGGUGCACGAUCUGGACAGGGACCCCCGGGGCCUGGAGAUGCAGCGGGAGCUGGCCAGGAGGCUCGGCGCCGACGCCGGGCGAGGCACCCCCACCGUGCCAGCGGUGUUCGUGGGCGGCAACCUCGUCGGCGGGACAAACAGGGUCAUGGCGCUGCACCUCUCCGGCGAGCUCGUGCCCAUGCUCAGGAACGCCGGCGCGAUCUGGUUGUAG